UGUAUCCACUGCUGACAGAACUUCUCAAUGAGCUGGGGUGCUUGGCCAGGGAGGGGACUGGGCGGGUGGAGGCUUAUUUGGACAAAAAGGCGGGGACGGUCUUAGAGGCAUCCACGUACUAUCCUACGGCUGAGGAGUUUGAGGAUCCGAUAAAAUACUACGACAAAAUCGCCCCCGAGGCCUCAAAAUACGGCCUCUGCAAAAUAGUUCCCCCUGAAAACUUCAAACCAACAUGCACGAUGAGCGACACGAUCCGCUUCGCGGUCAUAUACCAGUACAUCUCCAAGAUGUACAGCCGCUGGGGCCCCGUGUCCAGGGAGCUGGCUGCCAUCAAGGCGCACCUGCGGACCCAGAGCGUCGUGUUCGCGCGGUCUCCCCUCUUGGACGGCAGCGAAGUGAACCUUCCCAGGCUAUACCACGCCGUGGAACGCAACGGCGGUCUCAGCAACGUCAUACAACGCAAGCGGUGGGGCCGCGUCGCCGACGAGAUGAAGCUGACCAAGUUGCAGCACCCGGAGCGCAAGCUGGACCCCAUAUACAUGCGAUAUCUGCUGCCCUACGCCACGUUGUCCGAUCAGGAACGCCAAAGUAUAAUGGCGGAAGUGGAAAAAUGCUGGACCACCAAGUACCAGAAGAUGCUGGAACGGGCCCGCAAUCCCUUCCAGCGUCAGAACCGGAUGCUGGGCACCGAGUGCGAGUCGGAAUCUGACGACGAAGGAGAGGAUGGAAACACAGCUGGUGCGCUCCAAGAGGCAGAGGACUGCAUAGUGCAGGGGCGCACAAUGAACCUCGUCACAUUCAAAAAAAUCGCGACGUCGCUCAUGGACGCGCACUUCGACCCGUCCAAGCAGCCGCCGGGCGCCGUCGACGUCGAGAAGGCGUACUGGCGCGCCGUGCUGCUUGGCACCGAGCACAUCGUGGCCAACACGGCGUCCAUAGACACGGGAGAGGAGGGUUAUGGUUUCCCGAAGGACCCGCAGGCCGACUACGGCGCGCAUCCCUGGAAUCUAAAGGUCCUGGCGCGGAACCCGAACAACGUGCUCCGCUACCUCGGCCCAGUGCUGGGCGUGACUGUGCCCACGCUCCACCUCAGCAUGCUGUUCAGCACCUCGUGCUGGCACCGCGACCCCCACGGCCUGCCCUGGACCGAGUACAUGCACAGCGGGGCCGAGAAGAUAUGGUACGGCAUCCCCCGCGACGAAAGCGCAAAUUUCCGUCGCGCAGUAGAAACACUGUGCCCCGCCUACUGUCAGAACAAGUCCAUCUGGCUGGCCUCCGAGAUCACCAUGGUGCCACCCAACAUCCUCAGCGAGCAUGGAGUGAAGCUGUCAAGGCUGCUGCAGCGGCCCGGGGAAUAUGUCCUGGUGUUCCCCGAAGCCCAUUCCUGCUCAAUAACUACUGGGUUCGGGAUAUCGGAGAGUGUAUACUUUGCAUCAAACGCUUGGCUGACGGAUGUGUUUAAACUGUUUCAAGUGAGUUUUUUUUUGUUGCUAUUUAAAGGGAAUGACAUAAAAAAAAAAAAUAGGGAGUUAUCUUUUUCUUUUUCACAAUCCAUAACUCCCAUGGGAACAAUAUAGCCCUUUGUCCUUCGGUACACCUGCAUGAAAUAAUAGUACAUUGUGCAACGAGGGGGGUAAGUGAAAUUUUGGAUACGAGGGUG